AAAUAAUUGAUAUCAGAUUUGUAAUUAAACAAGUGAGUGAUAGAAUUUUAGGCAAUAGCGUAUAAUAUAAAAUAGGCAAAUAAAUGAAAAUAUAAUUGUAGAUGUUCUAAGAUAACUUGUCAGAAAUAUAUGAAGACUUUUAAGUUAUUCUACCUUAUGAGUAAAAAAUAAAUCAAAAGAAGAAAGUAUCUAAUUUAACUUCUUGCGACUUGAUGAUUGUUUUAGAUUGCACUGGUUCAAUGUAGAGCUGGAUUAGCGCUUGCAAAUAAAAUAUAUUAAAGAUCAUUUAAAAUGUUAAGUAAUAAUUUUAAGGCAGUGAAUUGAGAGUAGGGAUUGUUGCUUAUAGAGAUCAUUGUGAUACUUAAAGGAUAGAAAUGUAUCCUUUUAUAAAUUAGGAUUAUGAGAAUUUAGAAAAAUUUAUCAGCUCUCUUAAAGCAACAGGAGGAGGAGACGAACCAGAAGAUUUGGCAGGAGCUUUAGAAACUGCUAUAAACUUGUUUGAAUGGAAAAGCUAGGCAAAAACUAUGAUCAUCAUCACUGAUGCACCUUGUCACGGUGAUACUUAUCAUAAUUCUAAUGAUCAUUAUCCAUAAGGCUGUCCUAAUGGAAUAGAUAUCGAAGAAUAUAUUUAUAUCAUUGGAAAGAAAGGUAUAGAUCUAAAUGUAAUAGAUAUAUAAUCUUAAACAAAUAAAAUGUAUGAAAUAUUUUCAAAGAUCUAUGAAGAUGCUAGAGGAAAACCAAUGAUAAGAUUAAAAUUAGGUUAAAAUACAUUAUAAUUUGGAAAUUAGAUUUCAUAAACUGUAGCAACUACCAUUACUUCCACUACUCAAAAGUCUGUUGGAGAUGAAGUCUAUUAAAAAGCCUUCAGAAUUUUAAGAGCAUAGAAAGGAUUACUAAAUACAAAGUGUUUAUCAAAAACUGAAUUAGAGCUAAUGCAAAGCUCUUAAAGCAAAACAAAAUUAGAGUAAUAUUCUAAUAAAUCUAACAAGUAGAAAUAAAUUAUAGAAGAAGAAAACGAAGAUAGUGAAAAAGACGAGGAUGAAGCAAAUAGUGAAGAAGAAAAAUAAUCUGAUGAUAAGUAGGAUGACCAAGAUAAUUAAGACCAUAAAAUUAUUCUUGAAUAAAAGGAACUUUAAAAAUUAAGGAAAGAAUGGGAAAUGAAAAAAUAUCAAACUGAUUUACAUCAAACAGAAAACCCAGCAAGCUAAGUUAUUCUACCAGAAAAAAAUCCUAAAAAGCAAGAUUAUAAAAAUUUAAAUUAUAUUCCUAGUUUAAUGAUGGAUGGUAUGGAUUGGGAAAAUGGUUUUAACUCAAAAGACUCUUUUACUUUGUCAUGUACAUGCCUUACACCUUAUGUAGAUAAAAGAUAAGAUGUUAAUUGGAAUGAUCCUUAAAUUAAAAUAUAAUAACUUACUUCAAAAAUAAAAGUUAUGAAGAAAUAUUUUGCUGAGGGAGCAAUGAGAUACGCUUUUUAUGCAUAUGAUUAAGUACUCAACUUAAAGUUAGUAGCUAAAUUGCAUAAAGAGAUGAAACAUAACUCUAAUUUAGAAUUAAUGAAGAGAGAUUCUAUGAGUUUAAUUGCUUGCCAUUAUUUUGCAGAAGAAUUUAACUCAAGACUCCUCUUAAAGACUGAAGUAGACGUUAAUCAAAACUCAAUUUUACUUAACUUUGUCAACAGUACAAUUUACGAAAUUAUUGGACACCCUAAUAAAGAGAUAAAAUACUAUUUUGUAGAGAAUUUAAUUGAAGGAGACUAUUAAAAAUAUAAUAAUAAUGCAGGUUGGACUAAUCUUACAACUUCUUCUGACUUUAAUAAGAUAACUUAAGCAUUUAGUCAUUUUACAUGGCAGUAUUCACAUGGUUAAUUAUUAGUGGUAGAUAUUUAAGGAGGAGAAAAUGGUAUUUUAACUGACCCAUAAAUCCACACUAAAAAUAGAUCUAAAUUAUAUGGUUAAGGAGAUCUAGGGUACGAAGGAAUGCUUAGAUUUUUCUAUACUCAUGAAUGUAACUUAUAUUGCUAAAAGUUUAAUUUAAUCCAUCCUAAAACUAUGGGGUAAAUUCCACCAAAUUUUUAAUUUUUUGACGAUUUAUUUGGAUUGGAAAUAAAUGAACCUAAGCAAGAAUAAUCUAAAGAAAUAAAAGUAGAAGAUACAAUAUCUAUUUCAUAACAAUAGCAAAGUAAAGAAGAGUAAAAUAAAUAGCAAAAUUAAGAUGAAAGAAAAGUUAGCACAUAGUGUUCUCUUUGUAAAAAAUGCUUUUAAUCCUUAAGAUCGACAGUUAUUUAUAACAGAAAGAAUAAAGUAGAAAUUUUUUGUGAUUAAUGUCAACUUUAAUGCUCUAUUUCAUAAAUUGAUUUAGCAUGCACAACUUGUGGAAAGCUCUUUCAAAUUUCAAAGUAUUAUUGCAAAGUUAAAAAAAUCAAUCUUAUUGGAAAAUGUAUGUCAUGUAGAGAAUGAAUGUUUUUUAAUUAAAUAUUUUAUCUUUUUUACAAUUUCACAAAAUAAAUUUAAA